UCAGAUUCUGCUUGUUGUUUCAAUCACAAUCCUUCUGUCUUCAAUUGUACUGGUCUGCCCCGACUACAGCUCCACAAACUGAUAAAAAUGCUCGCGUCUCCUCUCAAUUCCCUCAUUGUUGUCUUCCUCAUUUCACUGAUCAAACUAUCAGCGCCGACAGGAAUAGCACGGUCCGACAGAGACAGAAUGUUCAAUGACUUUCUCGAUAUGGUGGAGUAUCAAACCAAUAAGAAAAAGGAGAGAAUCAACAAAUUAUAUUAUACACCAAAUGCCGAUGAAUCUGUUGACGAGCAGCUUGUAACAGAUCGCCACGGUCAAUUCUACUUGAAAUGUAUUGCGAGCAACAGCCAACAAGGAGACGGUCAAACGCGUUGUCCUCUGAAACAUUCGAAAUCCCGUCCAGGAUGCCAUUUUACUUAUGACUUCAAGUAUAACGAAACUAUCCAGGGAUGUUAUGAAGAUGACGGUGUCUCCAAAGACUUUUGCAACGAUGAAUGCAAAGUUGAAGUCAAGAGUUACGCCGCCGAAGGCGAUAACGUCAAGAAAUACCCAGUCGCAUUCUGCUGCUGCCGAUCAUCCCAUUGCAAUGCAGUAUCAAAGAAACUACUUGAUGCUGCAUACGAACGUUACGUCAGCAACCAAAAUCGUCAUACACAUCACCACAAGCAUCACAACAAUAAUAAAGAGACGAUGAGCUUUUGGGAUAGAUUCAGCAGCUUCUAACUGACCGAGUAAAUUGAUAACAAUAAUUGUUCCCACCAAUUCAUGCUACUCGCUCCGUUUUCUUAUUUUCAUUUGAUUAUGAUUUUAAACUCUCUCGAAUCAUUUUAAGAUUUCAAUUUUCGGGAAACUCAAAACUCCUUCGCCACAGCCAUCAUUUUUCAUGUAAAACUUGCACGUUCUCAAUAAUUUUGUCGCCCGAUCACAUCAUCUUAGCACUCAUCAUCAUCUCAUUAUGUAACCGAUAUCUCUUUUCUCACAGUACAAACCAUAAUAUUACGACUUCGUUUUGUC